AUGAAGCUGGACUAUGAUACGCUCCGUCAGGCUGCAGACCUUGCUGGGGACACGGGACCACUCGUAGAGACUGCAGUCCUCAACCUGGCGAACCACGAUCUCGACGACGUUUCCAUUCUCGUCCAAGAAACUCCAGAGCUCGAGAAUCUCAACCUCGCCUUCAACCAUCUUGACCGCGUGACACCGCUGCAGAAGCUAUCAUGCCUGAUGAGGUUGAACCUGUCGCACAAUCAAAUCCUGGAUGUAGAGAGGAUAGGGCAGCUGCAGGACCUGGAGGUCUUGAACCUCAGCAAGAACAAGCUGACGAACCUGGGGAGCAUAUGUGACCUUAUGAACCUCGAAGAGCUCUGGCUCCGAGACAACGACUUCAGAGAUCUCCAAUCGAUCCAGAACCUCGGGGCGUGUUCGAACCUCAAGAAGCUGGUGCUGAAGCCAAACCCAGUCUGCAGGGACCUGCCGGAAAUUUAUUUCAAGCUCCUUGUGCACAACGUCCCCUCGUUGGAGAUUCUUGACGGAAGGGCGAUCACUAGCGAGGAGAGAGAUGCUGCUGCUGCUUUCUGGUUGAGCCAUGAGGGAAGGGGGGGCGAAAGAGGAGCGUGGGGAUACCUGCCCAUGGGGGCAGAGGCACCAACGAAGCAGAGGAAGACGAAGCCACGAGAGGCAAAACCUGGCGGAGGGAAGGGCUCUGACGGCCAUCAGUCUCGGAAGAAACCCACGGAGACAAGCUUGCGGGAGCUGGCAGGGAUGCCGGAGGAGCCGAGGAGGAGGAGGGGAGGGAUAGAGGAGGGGAGAGAGCAUGUGGAGGUGUAUGGAAAGAAGGGGCCGGCGGCUCUGAUCCUGCGGCAAGAAGGCUUGUCGGAAGCUCGAUACGCCAACGGAUCAGUGGCCAUCAGUAUGGAUGAUCUUCGAAUCACCGCCAUGUUCAGGAACGGAGAUGUUGCUGUGACUUGUGAUGCCGAGGGCAACGCAAUGGUUUGUCUCCCGUCAGGUUUCGUGGUCUACAAUCACUCCAACGACAACGGGGGGCGCCUGAUGGACUUGGUAACGGGGCAGCUAGUCUGCGAAUGGAGCAGCGAUGGUCAGAUGAAGGGCGAUGGGGGGGGAGGGGAGGGACGGGAGAAAUUUCUCCUCCAGUGCAAGCUCAACGAUCACCUUGGAGUUCGCAUCAACAGACCAGGAGGAGAGGUCGAGGUGUUCUUCGUGACCGAUGGAGGAGGUAGCGGCACCUCCUCCUCCUCUUCCUCCAGGAGGGACAAGAGGAUCAAGCACUUGUUCAGGCCGAGAAGGGCGAGGAAAGCAGCGGCUGAGUGGGACGCAAGUGGACCGUUUGGUGACGGCGAAGCCCCGCGCCCCGCGCGAGGUCCGUCGGUCCCCUCCAUCACGACCGAUGAAUAUCUCUAUGAGAUCAAGGCGGCAACAGACAAGAUCAUUGACUUCGAGAAGCUGAAAAGCAAUCUCGGGAGCGGAGGAGAGGAGGUCGAGCUGCAGUUUCGCGGCAAGAUAGGAGGCAACGGCAGCGGGCCGAUGCUUCCCGCUGGAGGGGCGGCACGGCGUCGGGCGUACGCGGAACAUGUGAGGUCCAACUUCGGUCUCGGGGGCACCAGGAGCUCGGAGCGAUCCUCUCCUCGGACCUCCAGGAAGAACUCUUGGGAAGUCAAGCUGGACGACUCGAGCGUCUUCGAGCAGACUGGGCUGGGGUACGGAGACCCGAAGCUGACGAGGAGGAGGGAGAGCGAGGGGAAACAACCGGAGGCUGCCCCCAGCCCCAUCGAGUCGCAGGUCUCUGCUCUUGCUGCGAAUGCCCGGGAAGCUCUUCGGAAGCUGUCUCAGGGGAUGGAGGAGCAUAUCGUUGAGGAAUCCAAGAAAUCACCAGGCAGCAACGCUGGCAGAGUCCCGGCGAAGAGGAGCAGUGGAGAGGCGCGGAGAGGAGGAGGAGCAGCAGGAACAGGAACAGGAGCAGGAGCAGGAUCAGGAACAAGAGCAGGAACAAGAGCAGGAACAGGAGCAGGAGCUCCAAAGUUCAAGAGCAACUCGUCGGUUGUGGCAGCUCCUGCUGCCUUAGCGCAUGCUCGUGCUCAGCCCCGGGGAAGCAAGGAAGGAGAUGGAGGAGGAAGAGGAAAGAGCGCCGUGACGGUAGAAGCUGAGCCCGAUCUGCCGCAGGAGGAGCUCGACAGACUCAAGGCGAUCCGCGAGCAGAUGAGGAACAUGAUGAACAAUCUGAGCAUGGCACCACAGUACUCGUAA